AUGAGGUUGAGGGCGCCGGUACGGAUGAUGUCCGUAUCUGCGUCCAGAAUGAAUGCUGGCCCUGUGCUGCCAGCGGGCCGCAAGCCAAGUCGCUUUUUCCGCAACAUCAAGUGGCUUUUUGGCUUAACAAUUGGUGUAGGUGUGGGUUUCUGUGCUUAUCGCAUUCAGCAGCACCGGUUUCCUGCCGCCCAAGAGCCCGUCCCAGAGGGCAAGAAGCGCUUGCUCGUGCUUGGCUCAGGCUGGGGUUCGGUUUCGGUUUUGAAAAAUGUCGACUCUCGCGAGUACGACAUCACUGUGGUCUCACCGCGUAACUAUUUCCUGUUCACGCCUCUGCUGCCGUCAUGUACGACAGGGUGUAUUGAGCACCGCUCCAUCAUGGAGCCUAUUCGCUCUAUUAUUCGCGGAAAGAAGGCGGAGGCCAAGUUUGUUGAAGCAGAAGUGACCAAGAUUGACCCUUACAAUCGCACGGUGACCGUGUCGCAUCGCGCCAUGCAUGACAAUGUCAAGAGCGAGCAGAUUCCCGACCUAGUUGAGGAGAUGCCCUAUGACUACUUGGUUAUUGGUGUGGGCUCUGAGGUCUCGACCUACGGUAUUCCUGGCGUCCAAGAGUACGGCUGCUACUUGAAGGAGAUUGAGCACGCGCAGCAGAUUCGCAAGCGUAUUAUGGACUGUUUUGAGGCUGCGUCUUUCCCCGGUGUUGACCCUGAGACCCGCAAGCGACUGUUGACCACCGUUGUUGUUGGCGGUGGCCCAACUGGUGUCGAGUUUGCCGGUGAACUGCACGAUUUUUAUGUUGAGGAUCUUAAGGCUCUCGAGCCUAAUUUGAGAGACCAGGUAACUCUAACUUUGAUCGAAGCUUUGCCGAAUGUUUUGCCCUCGUUCUCCAAGCACCUUUGCGACUAUGCCGAAAAGACCCUGCUUGAUGAAAAGAUCAAUGUCUUGACCAAGACUGCAGUUAAGAAGGUGACCAGCGACACGAUCUAUGCUGAAAAGACUUUGCCCGAUGGACGCAAAGAGGAGGUCGUGAUCCCCUACGGUCUGUUUGUUUGGGCCGGUGGUAACUCAGCUCGCCCUAUCAUCAAGGAUCUAUUUUCUGUGAUUCCGGAGCAGGCAACCGCUCGCCGCGGGUUGCUCGUAGAUGAAUACUUGCAGGUGCUUGGUACUGACGGCGUAUGGGCCAUUGGAGACUGCACGUCGUCGCACUACGCGCCGACUGCGCAGGUUGCUGCCCAGCAAGGUUCUUACGUGGGCCGUCUUCUGAACCAGAUUGCAGAGCGAGACGACACCUUGGAUAAGGUUACUGUUCUCAAGAAGCAGCUCGACGACGGGUUGACCGACAAAAAGGUCGCGGCUAAUGAACUCCGUCACUGGGAACGUCGGUUGGAAAAGGCAUCGAAGCUGAAGCAGUUCCAGUACUCUCACCAGGGCUCGCUAGCUUACGUUGGCUCUGAGAAAGCGGUCGCCGAUCUGUCGUUCUGGGGCAAUGCCUUUGCAUCGGGCGGAACGUGGACGUUCAUGUUCUGGAGAUCUGCCUACUUGAGCAUGUGCUUCUCUAUCAGAAACCGUCUGCUUGUCAUGUUGGACUGGACCAAGGUUCGCCUUUUUGGUCGUGACGUCUCCCGCGAGUGA